AUGUGGAUCGCAAUGCAAGACUUGAUGCAGGUUGCCUUGGUUGUGGCCUGCGUUUUUGCCGGAUGGUCUCUCCAGACGUCCGCCUGCUCGUUCCUCCUGCAGCGCAUGACCUAUCCCCUGAAGAAGACCGUGGACUUUACCACGGACCAUGAUGGCAGCGACUCGACCGAGGAGGACAGCGGGUGCUGCAGUGACUGCAGAGAGGUCUUCGUCCAAGACGAGGACAUUCCUCAGGGUCUUAAGAUCCUUGAGCAAUAUGGCGCCUUUGGUGCAGCACCAGGUGCGUGGACGAGCAGGGUUGCGCACAAGGCCAUGGCGUGA